AAUGCAAUUGUCAAAGUCAGCUGUCUGUCAGUUACGUAGAUUCCCGUGUAAUUAUUUAUUUAAAAAGUGGUCGUACAGGCAUCAGAGUGUACAGUCGCGCCUGUGCGUCUGUUAGUUGGAACAAGUCUCGUUCUAACACCAUCAAAAACGAGACACAAAAGUUCAGCGCGCGUUGGUUCGUCGGUAAAGGGUCGCGGAAGGUUCACACAACAGCGAAAUACCUGAUGUCCAGACAUUGACCGAGUCUCUUACAAUUAAUUGUAGCAUAUAUUCUUCACCAAUUAGCUACGUUAAAUAUAACCGAUUACUGUAGCAGUGUUUUUAAAGUGGACUGAAAAACAGAAAGAUGUUACCCGCCGUUUCACGGUCUCUCCUUUCUAAUGGACCAACUUCUCGCAUAGUCCUUACAUCUUGCAGACAUGGGAUAAUAGGUGUGGCGCCAUGUAAUAAUUCUACCUCUUUUGAAAAUGGUUUGCAGAGGUGUAAAUUUCACUCAGUCGGUGGUAAAAUUAUUUCUCCUUCACAAGUCAAGGGUAUUGAUCAUUUAAGAGACCCUCGGCUUAAUAAGGGGUUGGCAUUCACGUUAGAAGAAAGGCAGCUUUUGGGUAUUCACGGUUUACAGCCUCCAAGGUUUAAAACGCAAGAAGAACAGAUAGAAAUAUGUCAGGAGUCAGUUCGACGAUACAACGACGACCUUAAUAAAUAUUUAUAUUUAGCAGAAUUGCAAGAUCGAAAUGAGAAACUAUUUUUCGGUUUGCUCAUGGAAAACGUAGAAGAACUUAUGCCCAUCGUCUACACACCUACCGUAGGUCUGGCAUGCCAAAAGUUCGGUCUCAUUUACCGACGACCCAGGGGACUAUUUAUUACUAUAAACGACAGGGGGCAUAUUUUGGAUGUUCUCAAAAAUUGGCCCGAAGAGAGUGUAAGAUGCGUUUGUGUGACCGAUGGUCAACGUAUUUUAGGUUUGGGCGAUUUGGGCGCCCAGGGCAUGGGUAUUCCCGUGGGCAAACUCGCCCUCUAUACCGCUCUAGCAGGCAUUCCGCCGUACCAAUGUCUCCCUGUACUGUUGGACGUCGGGACAAACAAUGAAAACCUGUUAGAAGAUCCCUUAUACGUUGGACUACGACAUAAAAGAGUUACGGGGGUUGAUUAUGACGAGUUUGUCGACGAGUUCAUGGAGGCGGUAGUCCGAAGGUACGGCCAAAAUACACUGAUUCAGUUUGAAGACUUCGCCAGUCCUAAUGCCUUCAAAUUCUUGAACAAGUAUCGUAAUCAGUAUUGUACUUUUAACGACGACAUUCAAGGGACUGCCAGUGUAGUUCUUGCCGGAGUGCAAGCAGCCCAAAGGGUCACUGGAAAAACUCUUCCUCAAAAUAAGUUUGUCUUUUUCGGCGCUGGAGCCGCGGCUUUAGGCAUUGCUUCGUUGAUAGCGCAAGCGAUGGUAAUGGAAGGACUUUCACUUCAACAGGCGAGAGAUCAAAUCUGGAUGAUGGAUAUAGAUGGGCUAGUUACGAAAGACCGGGAUCCCAAAUCGUUACUAGGAGGGUUAGGACAUUUCGCCAAAGAUAAGCCACCUCUUCGAACUUUAAUAGACGUUGUCAACGAAGUCAAGCCCCAAGUUUUAAUAGGGGCGUCCACUGCCGCAGGAACUUUCACACCUGAAGUCUUAAAUAGCAUGGCGAAAACAAACGAAAGACCAAUAAUUUUCGCUCUGAGUAAUCCAACUUCGAAAGCAGAAUGCACAGCCGAACAAGCUUUUAUUCAUACCCAGGGCAGGUGUCUAUUUUCAAGCGGUUCUCCAUUCCCUCCUGUCGAAUAUGAAGGAAAAAUAUACAAAACUGGACAAGGAAAUAACGCGUACAUAUUUCCCGGAGUUGCGCUUGGGAUUCUGGCGACAGGAAUGUAUCAUAUAAAGGAGGAAGUGUUUUUGAUAGCAGCCAAAGCAGUAGCUGAAACAUUGACUCCUGCGGAAUUGGAGUCUGGAACUUUAUAUCCGCCGUUGAAACAAAUCCAAAACGUGUCAAUGCAUAUUGCAGUCAAACUUUGCGAAUAUGCCUACGAAAAAGGUUUGGCGUCGGUCUAUCCCGAACCUCAGGACAAAAUGGCAUGGGUGAAAACGAAGAUAUUUAGUUAUAAAUAUGAGCCUUCCUUACCCGACACCUACCAAUGGCCAGAAGCAGAUACUGUGAAGCCAAAAAGGGAAAUAAAACCCGUAACCGUUCACGGGGUUGUUACAUAAGGAUCUCUACGUCGUCUCGGUAAAGUUUCCAUAGUAAAAUUGAAAGGUAAAAAAGUAAAUUUGCCUGUGAAUAACUGCAAUUUUUGCUUCUUAAAAUAUUUUGAGAUGCUUUUUAUUUUAUUUGCCUCUUUUUUAAGAAAUUUCUUUCGAGUUUACUUCUUAGAUUUUUCAUACAUAAUUAUGUUGAUAUUUAGCCGUUAUAAAUAAACAAUUGAGACCAGCAUAUACAGCAUAAGAAAUUGAAAGUAAUGAAAUGACUUAUUCAUAUAACUUUUAAGUUUUUAUUCUGUUUCAUUAAUAUAAUAGUGACAUUAUUAACCAGCUACGUCCAUUUUCAGUUUUUGAUUUAUAUUUUUUAGCAAGGAAUAACAAACCCUUUACGUUAACAUUUUGUUUAGGCUUAGACUUUGGGAGUUUUAAUUUAUAAUGUUGUGAUGCAAUGAAUGCUAUCGUUUUAAUUUUAACAAGCAUGGUGAUAAUUAUAUGUAGUUGUUGCUUUUUCGAUCCAAUUUUGAAAAUAGAAAGUAGAAAUUGGAAAAUGCGAUAAAGAAAUAAUUAAACCAAAGGGAGACUCACUUUAGUAACCAGAAAUCUUGUUCAUUGUUUUACUCUAAAAGUCUUAUGUUGAUACAGUAGAGGUAGGUGUCCACAGUGAAUAAGUUUUAUGGUAAUUAAGGCGAGUCCCUUUUUGGUUUAUUUGAAAAUAGAUUUUAUUAAAUGUGCCUAAUAUUUAUAGAUUGGCAAUAAUUACAAUUGAAAAACGACUAAAGAAAGUUAUGUUUGAUUUUUCACAGAUAAUAGACUAUAGAAUAAGAUUUUUACCUAAUUGUUAAAUUGGGAUUAUUUAAUUUUAUUUACUUUUGUUAAUAUAA